GGGAUAACCUCACUUUCGAAAUUCUUUUGGCUUUUCUGAACCUGCAAUCUGUCCCUGCAAGAUAUUCCCACAAUGGCUGCCCAAAGACCCAACGUUUCUAGCGACCUCAUCUGGCAGGUCACCCGCACCCAGAAUGCUUUCCACGUCAAGCGCAACUCCGCUGGUGGUUCCCAGUUCUCCCGGGACCCUCUGAAUGUCCUCGGCAAGCACUCUUUCAAGUACUCUGGAUAUGCCAAUGAGAAGGCCAUUGGUGUUCAGGCUACCGAGAACGGAGGUGUCGCCAUCAUCACUAAGAAGCCUAGCAGCGAGCAGAAGCCCGCUCAGAGCUUUGUGACUGUCACCUUCGGCCCCAAUGCUUCUACCCGCAAGAUCUACAAGAACAUCGCCGAUAAGACUGCUAAGAACGGUUACCGUGCCGACAUUCGCGAGCAGGCCAUUUCCCGCGCCAGUGCCAUCCGUCGCUCUCAGAGAUCUAAGAAGGAUACUGCUCCUCAGAAGCUCCGCGGAGCUGCGGCCAAGAAGGCUGCUGAGAAGGAGUCCGCGUAAACAGGAAAAUUGAGGGACAUGCCAGGAAAGAUAUAAUUCAUGAAUGGGGUGUAUUGGGAACAGCAUGAGAGUCAAAUAGAAUAAAAUCCAAGCGCUCUGUAAACAAAGAGCUC